AAUCCCUCGUCCUGGAGAGAUCACGACGACGCCACGUCCACACACUCGGCCGGCACACCGGGACCGUCCAGCGGAGGACACGCGUCGCAGAGCGGAGACAACAGCAGCGAACAGGGAGAUGGUUUAGACAACAGCGUGGCCUCACCCGGCACGGGCGACGAUGACGAUCCAGACAAGGACAAAAAGCGACAGAAAAAACGAGGCAUCUUCCCUAAGGUCGCCACCAACAUCAUGCGGGCAUGGCUCUUCCAGCAUCUCACACACCCGUAUCCUUCAGAAGAACAGAAGAAGCAGCUUGCUCAGGACACAGGCCUCACCAUCUUACAAGUAAACAACUGGUGAGUCCAGGCCCUUUCCUCUCUCUGACCAU